UAUCUGUGGCUUGUAAGGAAGUCAUAGGCUCUGCUGCUGCUAGCAAGCUUGCCAGUUUUUACCACAUUUAGUAUCAGCUUUUGCUCUAAUAAUUGUACAAUUUUCCUUAUCAAAGAGAGUCAGGGCGCUGCCAAGAAUGCAGGAUUCGUACCCUAAUUCUUGCUAUUUGGAAUAUCUAAGAUCUUGGAUUUGACAAUAUCUGCACCUGCUAGAAAGUUAGUGUUUUCCUGGAUUGUGAUGGGCUAUCCUGAUUGAGCUGGGAUCUUACAGAUGAAAGGGUUGGUGACACUCGCACACUAGAACCAAUUGCUGUUUGGAGCAGAGACGAGAGAAAGGAGAGAGGAAUAUCCUUUGUAUGUUUACAUCCCUUAAAGAAAUCCCUGCGUUUUAUCAUCACAUCACCGCUGAUAUUUUCUUACCCUAGAAGGUGCAAGAGGGAAGCGCCAUUGAAGGAAAACUGUUACUUAACGUGAUAUCCUUAAAGAAAGGCACUGCUGCAUCUCUAGGUGAAGGUGUUUAUUGUAUUGCAGUUAUACUCGUAUUGUUAUUUGGGUCUCCUGGAUCCACGUUAAUAAAGCCUAUCUGCAAUGCCAGAGCAGUGAAAGGGCGGCUCUGUUCAAUCGCCCCGUUCAGAUAGCAUGGCUCCACCCCAGAGGAAAUGCAGAUCGAAGAUGUUUGCGGUAUCGGGAUGCAUGUUGCUGCUUGCCUUGUGGUAUGGACCUGUAUUUGCUUCGGUACCCAGGGAGAGGACUGGCCACAGCGGGCACAACGCCGGGUACACGAGUGACGGCAAGCAGUUGCCCAUCAUGGUACUGAUGCCGAUGAAUGAGACAGCGCCUAUGAGCAACAUCGGUCAGGGGAUCCACCCGGCUGUCAUGCUAGCUAUUCAGCACAUUAACGAGUCCAAGCUGUAUUCUUUCUCGUUGAUCCCCGAAAUUUACGACACAGAGUGUGACAAUGCAAAGGGACUGAAGGCCUUCUUUGAUGCCAUAUAUUAUGGCCCGAAGCACCUGAUGAUCUUUGGGGGAGUUUGCCCGUCAGUGACGUCCAUCAUUGCUGAGUCACUUGAAGGGUGGAAUCUUGUACAGCUUUCCUUUGCUGCAACCACACCAGUUCUCGCUGACAAAAAAAAGUAUCCAAACUUCUUCCGGACCGUCCCGUCGGACAAUGCAGUCAACCCAGCAGUCAUCAAGUUCCUGAAGAAAUAUGAGUGGAGCAGGGUGGGGACUCUGACCCAGGAUGUGCAGAGGUUCUCUGAGGUGAGAAACGACCUGACCAGCAAACUGGAGAAGGCAGAUAUUAGAAUUGCUGACACCGAGAGCUUCUCUAAUGAUCCCUGUAUCAACGUGAAGAAGCUCAAGGAUAACGAUGUCCGGAUAAUUAUUGGGCAGUUUGAUGAGAACUUGGCGGCAAAAGUUUUUUGCUGUGUGUAUAACCUGAACAUGUAUGGGAGUAAGUACCAGUGGGUUAUUCCAGGCUGGUAUCAGGGGAACUGGUGGGAGCAGGCCAACUCCACCAACUGCACCACCAAGAAACUUCUCACAGCUAUGGAGGGCUACAUCAGCGUGGAUUUUGAACCGCUCAGCACCAAACAGACCAGAGGAGUAUCAGGGAGGACGCCACAAGAGUACGAGGCAGAGUAUAACAGGAGGAGGCUGCAGAAAGGCCUGGAGUCCAGUAAAUUUCACGGCUUUGCUUAUGAUGGGAUCUGGGUGAUAGCCAAGACGUUGACAAGAGUCAUGGCAAUUCUGAGACAGAAAGAAGGACACAAGAAGAUCCAGGACUAUGACUAUACCAACAAAGAGCUCGGAGAGAUCGUCCUGGAUGUCAUGAAUGGGACGAACUUCCUUGGUGUGACAGGCCAGGUUAUGUUCCGUAAUGGAGAACGGAUGGGGACCAUCAGAUUUAACCAGUUUCAAGAAGGUCAAGAAGUAAAGGUUGGGGAAUAUAACGCAAUAGCUGACAUACUGGAGCUCAUGAACAAUACCAUCAGGUUCCAAGGUGUGGAGCCUCCAAAAGACCGGACGAUUGUCCAAAACCAACGGCGUAACAUAAACCUUCCACUUUACAGCAUUCUGUCCGCCAUUACCAUCCUGGGAAUGUUCAUGGCAGGGGCCUUCCUUUUCUUCAACAUCAAAAACCGCAAUCAUAAGCUGAUAAAGAUGUCCAGUCCAUACAUGAACAACCUGAUUAUCCUUGGAGGAAUGCUGUCCUACGCAUCCAUUUUUCUCUUUGGUCUUGACGGAUCCUUUGUCUCUGAUAAAGUAUUUGAAACUCUUUGCACUGUGCGCACUUGGAUCCUCACUGUGGGAUACACAACGGCGUUUGGAGCGAUGUUUGCAAAGACCUGGAGAGUCCAUGCCAUCUUUAAGAAUGUCAAGAUGAAGAAAAAGAUUAUUAAAGACCAGAAGCUGAUGAUAAUAGUUGGUGGGAUGCUGCUGAUUGAUCUCUGCAUCCUGAUUUGCUGGCAGAUUGUAGACCCCCUAAAGCGGACAGUGGAAGAAUACAAUUUAGAGGCAGACCCUCAAGGCAGAGAUAUUGCAAUCCGCCCUUUCCUGGAACACUGUGAAAACGCAAACAUGACUAUCUGGCUUGGCAUAGUCUAUGCCUACAAAGGGCUUCUCAUGUUAUUUGGGUGUUUUCUAGCCUGGGAGACUCGCAAUGUAAGCAUCCCUGCCUUGAACGACAGCAAGUACAUCGGGAUGAGUGUGUACAAUGUGGGCAUCAUGUGUAUCAUCGGAGCGGCCGUGUCCUUCCUGACCCGAGACCAGCCCAACGUGCAGUUCUGCAUAGUAGCACUGGUCAUCAUUUUCUGUAGCACUAUCACCCUGUGUUUAGUGUUUAUGCCAAAGCUAAUCACAAUGAGAACGAAUCCGGACGCAGCCACUCAGAACCGGAGGCUUCAGUUCACCCAGAACCAGAAGAAGGACGACUCGAAGACAUCAACAUCUGUGACCAGCGUGAACCAGGCCAACACAUCUCGACUGGAGGGGCUGCAGACAGACAACCACCGCCUGAGGAUGAGAAUCACAGAGCUCGACAAGGACCUGGAGGAGGUAACCAUGCAGCUGCAGGACACUCCAGAGAAGACACCCUACAUCAAGCAGAACCAUUAUCAGGAUCUUAACAACAUCCUGGGCAUACACAACUUCACAGAUGAGAAAGACGGAGACAAAUCCAUCUUGAAAAACCAUCACGACCAGAAACCUCCAGCACAGUGGGGCUCCGUGGACCCUUCCAAAACAAGUACAGAUCCUACAGAAGACAUCAACUCACCAGAACACAUACAGCGCAGACUGUCCUUGCAGCUGCCAAUUCUGCACCAUGCCUACCUGCCCUCCAUAGGAGGAGUGGAUGCCAGCUGCUCCAGCCCCACAGUGAGUCCGAGUGUCAGCCCUCGGCACAGGCACGUGCAGCCGUCCUUCCGGGUCAUGGUUUCCGGCCUGUGAGCCACAGCAAAGGAGGAAGAGGGGAGGCUCCCUGUUUUUUGUUGAACUUAUAUUGUAGUCAGCAAAAAACAAACUGUGUACGUGACCCAGUACUCUCUACACGACGCACGCUCCAAUCACAGAGGGACUGACAGCCAAGGCGAUCACCCAUAAGCACUCCUGAUACACAAGGUUGUGUCAACAGAGGACACAACCUUCAGCCUUUUAUGUUAAAGGGUUUUUCGUGUUUUUUUAAAUGUUUUUUCAUUUUGUUUUGUCACAUAUCUGACCGUGAGUCAACCUGUCAAACUUUGGUAUUUUACUAAACAUUGGAUUCUGUUAAGGAUGCAAAAGGAGGAAGAUUGUUUGUAUAUAAUCAAUCUCUCUCUCUCUCUCUCUCUCUCUCUCUCUCUC